AUGGUUGGUUUGGAUGGAAUUCAGAUGCUUGAUCCCAACACCGGUAGGAGAAUAUAUCCCCUUGAAACUGUAACUAGAUGGGAUGUAUUAGAUUCCUCUAUCUUUGCCUUUUGGUCCAAGAGUUCAGUGGAUGUUGAAGCAAAAAGAAUAAGGCUGAAAUCAAACGCUAUACAUCCAACACCAUUCUUGACACAUCACAAAUUGCUGAUCGUGGUGGUUUUGACAUCUGUGUUAUCAACCUUCUUUGGACUGCAGUUCAAGGAGAUGGGUGGAAGCAGCAUUUCAAGAAGUAGAGCAAUUGCUGAUGUAGCAAAGCCUGCUGAGCAGCAAAACGAGAGGAGGAAAAUUUUCCUUGAUUGGAGGAAUUUAAUGAAGCCUAUGAAUGAGGAGAAAGAUCACUGGGUCCCAGAUGAAGCUGUCAGCAAGUGCACAGCAUGCGCAGCAGAUUUCAGUGCUUUCAACCGCAGGCAUCACUGUCGAAACUGUGGUGAUAUUUUCUGCGAUAAGUGCACCCAGGGAAGAACUCCUGAAUACAGAUGCUGA